ACGGUAGCGUGGAAAUAGGACCACGCUCGCGGCCUGCUCAUUCAACGAGUGGCACACAGUGAUCAAAAAGGCUCCACUAGUAGAUACCCCAAGGCUCCACACUAUGAUACCCAUCUUGGCAACCUAUCAGCCAAGACCAACACUUCUCGCAUCUGUGUCUCCACAAGAUAUUAAAUAGACCGGGUUCAAGCAUAUCAUUUACCACCCAGUCAAGAUCAGCCAUUGAACGCAGACUGCCCUAGAACCGCCGAGUGCAUGCUAUUGAUAGGAACGAUUCGAUUCGCUCUCGACCGCCCAAAAAACAACAAUAAGACUCCUGAUACACAACCAUGAGUGAUAUGAUGAUGCAGCUCCUCGGGGUAGAAAUGCCUGACGGUGUGCCACCCGCGUUAGCAGUUGGAAUUGCUAACGGUGGUCACACAGAGACAGAGGCAAGGCAAAUGAUCGUUCAAGGCGGAGAUGCCGCGAAUGCAGAUAGGUGGAUAGAGCGCAUGAGACAAGCUGGUUUCUUUGGUUCAACCAAUUCUGUUUCUUCUGAUGAGCCUCGCCUCCAGUCGCUCAGUGCUAAGGGGAGCGGAGUUACUCCAAUGGAUGAAUCAGCAGGCAGUUUCUUGUGGAAAUGUCUCCUACAGAGGCUGCGACAGGAUGAGCAUGGUUUCAAGCAUCAGGUCAUGGUGCUGGACAAUUGCGUCAAAAAUUCUGGUGGCCGUUGGUCUAACAACGACCUGAAGUCCUUGCAGCAUAAGAAAGCAGGUGAUUUCAUCCCAUUUUUUGCAGUUGGCGACAACUGCCCCUGGAAUGGAUGCAAAUUUGUGGCCUCGAUAGUCAUGCAUAUGCUUUCGCCUCCAACAGCCUCUGCCAAAUGCAAUGCUUGUCGUACAGCCAACAGAUCCAUCGGGGGGUGUACUCUGCCUCGUGAUUUAACGGAGACCCGUUGGCCGUACAGCCUCUCGGAUGCAUACCAUAAAGCGACUGAGAACGUGGAUACACAAGAGACCGCUCUCUUUGUGAAUGUGACGGAUGUUGAGAUCAUGAACAAUCCAGGAAAGGGCAGUGGCUGGCUUCCCAGGAGUAGGCCUGGCACAUUUGCUCAUGUGUUUGUCAUGACGAUUGCCAAGGACGGUGUGCAUUUGUAUCAAGCGUACGGCCCCCGAGGCUACACGCUGAUGCAGUACAUGGAAACGCACAAUGGCACAUUUCCUCUCUCGCUGGCAGCAGGAAAAGAGUGGGUGACACGAUUUGAGGUGUUUGCGGCCAGCCUUUGCGGCAAGUGGACAGAAGAGUGCAACCAAGCCUAUGCAUUCUGUUUUGAUGUUGACCUCAUCAAGUUGGGUUGCAUGAAGAUUGGCAGCCAAAUGGACGUUUACGUCAAGGUAGAGGAAGUUCCGUUUGACACUGCAACAAUCCAAACCAAUUUCAACCUCCUCCCGCGGCCCGACUUCCCCAAAUACCCUCCGUGUGACGAUAGUACGAUGGCCAAAGCUCUGCAUGCCCCACGCGGAUACAUCCCAGACGGAGGCGUCCCGCAUCGGUAUGUCCCUACGGUUUUACGAUGUGGAAAGUGCGGAAAGAAGGCCCCCACUGCAAAGAAGCACAACCGCUGUGCGGGAUGCAAGAAGGUUUUCUAUUGUAGCCGAGAUUGCCAAGUCACUGACUGGGCUCAGCGCCACAAGAAAGUUUGCAAACUGAUGAAUCGUUCUCCUCCCCUUGGUCCGGCGUAAGUGGGUCACUAUCCAGCAGUUGAAUAGCCCAAAUGAGAUUGUUCUUUUCAAUGUUGCUCUAUACCAUGGUACAUUAUGCUUGACUUCGAGGAAGCAGCCAGCUUCCAUAGACAAUCCACCUAUACUCAAAGCCCCCCUAAAUAUCAACAACUGCGAAUGGCUGCCGAAUUUUUUCCGCCUUUGCCGUCAUCUUACGUACCGUGCCGGUACCGGUACCU